AUCAUUCAGGAUGAUUCUAAAACAGUGAAACAUGUUUACAGUACAGUGUAAAUAGAUUCAUGAUAUAAUACAAAAGUAUUUUCUAGGAUAAUGACUCCCUAAACUGCCUCACCCACUUGAAGAGAGGUGUUGAUGACUAUAUACAGUAGGUGGCGGCACCUUUUAAACACCACAGAAGAAGCCGGAAAGCAUCAACAGGAAGUACUUUGUUACCAUCCUCUAUCUAGUUUUCAAACCAAACACAUUUCCACAUCCUUUCCCAGGAUGUUUCUAAUGUAAGAUUAGUCUAAAUGAGACUUUCAUUUGUCACAACUUAAAUGGAGUUUUGAUAUUUAUAAAGUUGUGGUCGAGCUAUUCUUUAUCUGAACGCUGUGACUAAGAAAGUAACUGUAGCAUACACAUUUAGUGUCGUUUUUUAUUUUUUUUUUAGAAAGAAUACAGUAACUUCAGCUUCCACGAUGGAUCGGGACAGAGCUAGCCCGUCCCCCUCCACCCUGCCGGAGUCCCCUGGUCACAACUCUCCUGGUAACGCCUUACUGAUGGAUCUGAAGAGGGUGUCUGUGUGGCUGGUCGACUGCAGGAAAACACCAGGGCAGAGUGGAACUGUGAGAGAAGGACACGAGGAGGGAGAUGGAGAUUUGAUUUCAUCAAGGGACACCCCUAAGUGUUGUUCUCUCAGUGGGAGGGGCUUAUCAUCUGGGGAGCCUCAACAACAUCCUGUUGCUGACGAGACAGAGAAGAGUCUCUCCAGAUCAGAACAUCUCAAGAAACACCAGCAGAGACGUACAGGGAAGAAACCUCACCACUGCUGCUCUGACUUUGGGAAGAGUUUCACAAGCCAGAGUGGCUUCAUUAUUCAGUGUGGGAAGAGUUUUGCUUCUUCUAACACCUUCAAAUCUAAUGUAAGAAUUCAUACAGGGGAGAAGCCUUACCCCUGCCUUGAUUGUGGGAAAAGCUUUGUUAGUGCAGGAGUCCUAACCAUACACCAGCGGACACACACUGGAGUGAAGCCUUAUAGCUGUGAUCAGUGUGGGAAGAGCUUCAAUCAGUCAGUCCACCUGACUACACACCAGCGAACACACUCUGGAGAGAAGCCUUAUAGCUGUGAUCAGUGUGGGAAGAGCUUCGUUCAGUCAGUCCACCUGACCACACACCAGCGAACACACAGUGGAGAGAAGCCUUAUAGCUGUGAUCAGUGUGGGAAGAGCUUCGUUCAGUCAGUCCACCUGACUACACACCAGCGAACACACACUGGAGAGAAGCCUUAUAACUGUGAUCAGUGUGGAAAGAGCUUUGCUGUAUCAGAAAAACUAACCAUACACCAGCGAACACACACUGGAGAGAAGCCUUACAGCUGUGAUCAGUGUGGAAGGGGCUUUUCUCAAUCAGUAACCCGGAAUAAACACCAGCGAAUACACACAGGAGAGAAGCCUUAUAGCUGUGAUCAGUGUGGAAAGAGCUUUGCUGUAUCAGAAAAACUAACUAUACACCAGCGAACACACACUGGAGAGAAGCCUUAUAACUGUGAUCAGUGUGGAAAGAGCUUUGCUGUAUCAGAAAAACUAACCAUACACCAGCGAACACACACUGGAGAGAAGCCUUACAGCUGUGAUCAGUGUGGAAGGGGCUUUUCUCAAUCAGUAACCCGGAAUAAACACCAGCGAAUACACACAGGAGAGAAGCCUUAUAGCUGUGAUCACUGUGGGAAGAGCUUUGCUGUAGUUUCCUCCCUGAUUAGACACCAGGUAACACACACUGGAGUGAGAACUUAUGUCUGUCUAUGUGGGAAGAGCUUUGGUCUAGCUUCCUCCCUUACUAUACACCAGCGAACACACACUGGCGAAGGAACCUUAUGUCUGUCUAGGUGGGAAGAGCUCUGUUUAUUUAGGGCCAAUGAGAAAACACCAGAAAACACAAACAUGCUGUAUUUCAUCUUCCUCCCAUCUGGCACCGGUUCCAGAUCCCUAAAUAAAGGAUCAGUAGAAAACAUCUAGUGAACAGUCGUAUCCAUCUCCCAUUCUUAACUCUUUGGGAUAGCGGGAUGCCUCGUCAACAUCCGGUGAAAUUGCAGAUCGCGAAAUUCAAAAUGACAGAAAUAGAACUACUAACAUUCAUGAAAAUACAUGUAUCAUACAUCAAAAUAAAGCUUAACUUCUUUUUAAUCCAGCCACUGCGUCAGAUUUCAAAAAGGCUUUACGGCGAAAGCAGACCACCAUCUGAGGACAGUGCCCCACAUACAAAAGCAUGAAAAACAAUUUCAAGCCAAGUAGAGGAGUCAAGAAAGUCAGAAAUAGCGAUAAAAUGAAUCACUUACCUUUGAAGAUCUUCAGCUGGUUGCAAUCAUAAGAGUCCCAGAAACAUCACAAAUGGUCCUUUUGUUCGAUAAAGUCCUUUAUAUUAAAAAAAGUUAGUUUAGCUGGCGCGCUUGACUCAGUAUUCCACCGGUUUCCCUCGUUGAAAAAUGCAAACAAAAGUUCUAAAAGCUAUUGGCAAACUUUGUCGAAACUAGUCAAACAACGUGUCUAUAUCAUCCUCAGGUUGUCUGAAAUGUAAAUAAACUAUAAUAUUUCAUACGGAAAGGACUGUGUUCAAUUUGAACAUCAAAUUAGCAAGAGCGUACCUUCCUCAUUGCGCGCAAAACCACUGAUGUGACCCUAGCAGUCACCAGACUCUAAGUCAAAAUACUAAUUCAUUUUUCAAAACAAUAGCCUCAAAACCUUGAAUAAAGACAGUUGACAGCUAGUAGAAGCAAUAUCAAUUGCAAUCUGGUGGAUGGACAUAGGGGUUUUCUAUAGCUUUACAAAAUAAAAGCCUGUGAUUGAAUUUCUUUUUUUUCUGGUUGGAUUUUCUUUGUGUUUUUGCCAGCCAUGUCAGUUCUGUUUUCCUCACAGACAUUAUUUUGACAGUUUUGGAAACUUUAGAGUGUUUGGGCCUGAGAAAGUGGGCCUGAGCAACAGGCAGUUUACUUUGGGCACGUUUUUCAUUCAAACGUCUCAAUACUGCCCCCGUUCCCAUAAAGGUUAAACAGUUGCCUUAGUCUGAUCACCAUGGUAACCUCUGUGGAGCAUAAUAUGCAGCUCUGAUCUAGCAUCAGGUCUCCACUGUGUCUAUGUAAUAUCACACAUUGGGCUCUAAAUGGAUAAAUG